AUGGACAAGGGUGCGUUGUUGAAGCUCAAGCGCGCAGAUAUACAGCAGCUAGCCAAGCGCGAUGGCGUGAAGGCAAACGGCAAGACGGCCGAUAUCGUCGAGGAGCUGGUGAAGAAGCACCACCCACUGCUGGUCCCUGCCAUGGGUGCAAAGCCAGAUACCCCAGUCAUAUCAAACAAGACGAAGGCAAAGGCCAGCGACAAGAAGCCUAAAGUCAUGGUCGAGAUCAGCACCAAGCCGCCCCCGAAGCAGGCUUCCGCAAAGCGAGCCCCCCCAGCAGCGCGAAGCCCAGCCAAAUCGCCGACAGCCGUGCGCGCGAGCCCGAAGUGCGCAGACGCGAAUGCGUCGGCAUGUCCGCGCAUUAGUCCUAAGGAAGCCUCAGCACGCGCCAUGCCGCCCCCUCCGCCACGAAUCGUGUUGCCAAAACCGGCCAAGGACGCAGGGUCGCGCAGUCCCGCCCAGGUCUCGGAGACGGGCACCGAGCCGGCCUAUGAAGCACCGCAACCCGCGCCGAGCGUGGAGGUCCUCUGCCCGACCAUCACGGAACUCCGUACAGCGCUGCGGAAUGUGAAGCCUCUUACAGAGCAGAAUGGGGACGUGCGGAACCAGCUUCGUGAGCUCGGGAUCCUUGUGGAUGUCGUCGAGAAGCGCGAGGCGAGGGUCCGCGAGAAGGUCCAGCGUGUGCAGAAGAUGCGGCUUGCGCUGGGCAAACACUUCUUCGCGAUGAUGAAGGAGGACCCUCGGCUGACGAAUGGGACCUGGGAGAGGCCGGAGAGCAAGGAGAGCGAGGUGGCCGGGCAGCAGGAAGGCGACGAGAAACCUUCCGGUGAGGGACCGGGCGGCAUGGAGCAAUCUGGUGACGCACGACCGGAGGCCCAUCUUAAAAACGCACGAAGCCGUCCUGAGGAUGUCAGCGACGAGCCCCCAACGAAGCGAGUGCGAAGGUGGAGGGCUUGA